AUGAAGGGUAGGAUACUUGGGCGGAUUAGCUUGCGGGCUUAUUCCACAGAUUUGAAGCCAGUAGUAUCAUCUACGUUACUUAUAUCUCGUACCCCGAUCAUCAGUGAAGAGUUAACAGCAUUCGAAUCACAGUACUAUAAAUACAACAAUGAAUUAUGGAAGAGAUUAAUGUGGACUUUCCCCAAAUGGUAUUAUUAUAAGGAUGGGACCAUUUCCGAACAAAUGUUCAAGGAAUUGAAUCCAGCACCAGUAUUCAACAAUCCGAAUGUGGACUUUCCCAAUGGAAGACCGGAGAUUAGACAAGGAAGAGAUCGUCGGUUCAAACAAGAACUUAAGUUACCUAAAACAUAUUCCACUGAAGUCGAAAGAGCAGAUGAAACUGCUGCCGAAUCUUCAGAUAAUUUAUCCAGAAAGAUUGUUCCUAAUUCCAGAAUCACCAAAGCAGACGAAACUAAAGACUUGACUAGUUUGGAAAGAAAGUUGGCUCGUACUUUAUAUUUGGUAAUAAGUUUAGAUGGUAACAAGUGGAGUUUACCUAACUUUGAAAUGUCUAGAGAAGAGAAGGUUCCCUUGCAUAAGUUGGCUGAAACUGGCUUUCAAUCCAUUGGCGGCGAAACUGUUAAUUACUACAAUGUUUCCAAUACUCCAUGUCAUUUGCAUCACUCAGAAAAUAAGAAGGAGUACUUCAUCAAGUCACAUAUAUUAGCAGGAAAGUUUGCACCAGUUGAUAACUCUACCAAGUUUAUGUGGUUAGCAAAGGAAGAAUUACAAGAAUACUUGGAGGGUGCAUAUUAUGAAGAUGUUAAACAUUUAUUCAAUGAUGUUUAA